AAGUGAGAUUCUGUGGUUAACACCAUCACAUUCAUCUCUUGAACCAUGUACAAUCCGUCAAACACAGGAUGUCUGCUCUUCACGUUUCAGUUCUGCUGUUGGUUCUUCUGCUCGCCUCACCAAUGACUUACGGCUAUGUCUCUGGCCCGGUCUCUCUGACUGUCUCUCCCAGUGGAGGGCAGGUGUUCGAGUAUGAAUCUUUGUCUCUGGGAUGCGAUCCAGCAGACAGUCCCGAAGGAUCUUCCACGUGGAUCGUCUGGAGAUUUACUCACGAAAGCCCUUUGCUAAGCGGAGGUUUGUCUUGGUGUGGGAGUCACUGGGGGGAAUCAUCUUCCACCAACUGCCUCAUAGCCACGAGCAAGCAGUCUGACAGUGGCCUGUACUGGUGUCAGUCCUCCCAGGGAGAAAGCAGUUCCGCCCUUCACAUCAAUGUCACAGGUGGUCAUGUGAUCCUUGAGAGUCCAGUCCUUCCCGUGAUGGAGGGACAUAAUGUGACUGUGAGCUGCCGGACAAGCACUCUAUCCCCACCUUUCUCCGCUGAUUUCUAUAAAGACGGGUUACUCGUCAUGACUGCGCCGACAGCACGGAUGACCAUCUACAACGUGUCCAAGUCUGAUGAAGGCCUGUACAAGUGUAGUGUGUCUGGCCUGGGACACUCCCCUGAGAGCUGGCUGAACACACAAGGGGCCUAUGUCCCUGCCACCCUUUGGUUGUCCAACGGGAGCCAGCAGGUCUUUGAGUACCAGCAGGUGACGGUUUUCUGCGGGGGGUCGGGUGGGGGAUGGAGGGUGUGGAGGGUGGCGCUGCCCGCUGCCUCCAGCAUGUCGGCAUGCGGAGACAACUGGGGCAGCCCCAGCCCGGGGCUCUGCCAUCUCAACUUCACCAAGAAGUACGACACCGCCACCUACUGGUGCCGGUCUGCUACUGGCCAACACAGCAACAUGGUCAAUAUAACAGUCCACGAUGGUCCUGUUAUCCUGGAGAGUCCAGUCCUUUCUGUGAUGGAGGGACAGAUUGUGACUCUGAGCUGUAGAACCAAGACCCCUUCCUCAAGUUUCUCAACUUUCUAUAAAGACGGCUCCAUCAUCAUGACCCCGCCUACAGCAAGGAUGACCAUAUAUAAUGUCUCCAAGUCCGAUGAAGGCCUGUACAAGUGUAGCAUGUCUGGCCUUGGAGAGUCCCCUGAGAGCUGGCUGGCUGUCAGAGGGGGACUCCAGGCUUCUCCGUCUGAGCCUGAGGGGAAAGCUGAAGCAGCUUGGCUCCGCACCCUGGUUUGGAGAGCAGCCUUCUACCUGGUGGUGAUGCUCCUGCACGGCAUCUCUACUAUGCUGCUGAUGUCAGUAGACUGCUCCCUUGCUGCAGUCUCAGUUGACCGAGUCAAUGCGGCUGACCAGGGAUUGGAUGAAGAAUAUGAUGAUGUCACACAGGAUGUCACCACCCAGCAUCUGAAAUAAUUGCUAUCUAUGCUUUCUAAACGUUGUAUUUAUGAAUAAGACUUUUCUUUAAGGACCUCGUUAAACACAAGCCCACCCACAUGCAUGCUCUCACACACACACACACACACACACACACACACACACACACACACACACACACACACACACACACACACACACACACACACACACACACACACACACACACACACACACACACAGCAGGACUCUUGGCACUAAAGGCAGUAAUUGGUAAUCCUGUUAAACCAACAUGAGUAUAUAUAAUAACCUUGUAAUAAAGACAAUAUAGCCUA